CAACAAAAGGCUUGCAGUCCCAAGCAGACGGGCCGACGCAACAGGACCGGGGAGCCUCGCCGCCUACCCCGCAUCUACCUCAAGAGCUGCCGUCCAGGCUCGGUUGCCCGAGGGUUUUGUAGCAACUGUUCGCAAAUCAUGACUUCCCUCGCUCCUUGCCUGAGCCGGUAAAGCCUUUAUGCACUUUAAUCUUCUACCUGCGUCCUUGGCAAGUACAUUUUGAGCCUGUACCUUAAUUCUUGGAUACAAAGAAGUCCUUGCCAGAGUCCAGUUUGUGGCCUUACUCAUGUUCCAGAGGCUGAAUAAUAUGUUUGUGGGAGAAAUCAAUAAUUUCCCCAGCCAAGAGCCAGAGUUCAGCGAGAAAGAAGAGGAGGAAUGGAUUCUGGUGGACUUUAUAGACACCUGUACAAACUUCUCGACAGUUGUUGAAGAAGAAGGUGACAUCCCUGACUCAUCCCCUGUUGAUCAUUCUCCUGUCUUUUCUUGUAUACCUAAUUCCUUGGAGUGUUUGGAUGAUGCCAGUGAGUCAUGUUUUAUUCAGUUUGACUCGUGUCCCAUUGAGGAGAGCUGGUUUAUUACGCCACCUCCGUGUUUCACUGCUGGUGGCUUGACCGCUAUCAAAGUGGAAACCAGCCCAAUGGAGAACCUUCUGAUUGAACAUCCCAGCAUGUCUGUAUAUGCCGUCCAUAAUGCCUGCCACAGCCUUAACAAGGCUAGCUGUGCUGACGAGGAAGAAGAGGAAGAAGAGGAACCACAUGAUGUAAGCAGUUCUAGGACGGAAGCCUCAAGUGAACUGGCCCAGCAUGUCCAUUGCUACAUUGCAUCAUUCUCUGCCCAUUCAACCUUUCUGGAACAGGCCAAGAGCUUCCGCUCUUCCCAGUGGAUAAAAGAGCACAGCGAACGACAAUAUCUGAAAAGAAACUGCUUCCGUCGCCUGAAUCUUACCAGGGGUUGCUAUUCUCGGCAAAUCAAGAACAGUGGAUUGUUUGUUCACCAACCUUGCCAGCGCCAGUAUAAUUACUGAGGGCUUUGGGAAUGUUUUUUCUCUUCAAAAACAAUAUUGGUUAACUGUUGCUCUGUUAUUAUUUGUAGGUAAUGAAGGCAAGAUCAAUCUUAGGCUGAUCAUCAAUUGUUUCUUCACAAACACUAAGUGUUACAUUAGGUUGUAACCCACGUUGAUGUAACGGUGUGUCACAGAAUGCCUUUGAAAUAUUUUAACUGCGCUCGGAAAAAUAUCAGUACAGUAGUCUUUUGUGUGACUGGGGUUGUUUUUUCGUGUGUGACUUUUUUAAAGAUUUUUUUUUAAAUGAUGAUGUGUGGAUGGGUUCAUUUUUAUAUUGGUGUUUCUAACCAAGAUGGAGCAGGCACCCUUCAGUCAUAUUGUAGUCUGAAUGCAGUUACAAAACUUCUCAGGGUCAGCCCUACCUGUACAUCCUGUACACAACUAAAUGUGAGGGACCGUAAGUCAUCAGACUCCUAAUGUGGAGUCAGUUCUGUUGGGGGAGGGGAAAUAAGAUAGGAGUUAUGUACUCCCCCUAGACACUCAUUUGUGUCCUGCUUUUUGAUUCAGAGUGGUUUACCACAUACCAUUCACAAAGGAGGUACCCUCACAGGGAAGUGAAGUAGCCUUGCCAGGUGAAUUUGUGUAGUGUGUUCUGUCUAUCAGCUGUGAAGGACAGUAAGAAACUUUCCAUGCUUCCUGCUUUGAAACUUUUGUGGAAACCUCAUCAUAGCUCCUGAAAGUGUUUCAUACCAUGCCUUUUAACCGUAACUGGAAACAUCUAUUUAAACACUCUGGUGAUGAGUUGGAAUGAACCUUGUUAUGGAGGCAUUGGAUGGAUUAGGCCCUCGUGGCAUCAGUUUGUACAGACUUAAAUGUCAGCACAGAAUGCACAAGAAGUUCUAUACUCUCUUUCAGUCCUGGGAAGAGCAUCACAGUACAUUUAUUCUUACUUGAAGAUCUGACUGCUGCCAUGACAAAUUAAGCCAGGAUAUCGGGCAACUGGACACUUUCCUAGACUUAUAUCAUACCUGUCAAGCCUCAUCCAUCUCAUUCUAAAAAAACCUCUUCCAAUUCAGAAAUUAGGAGUGGAACAGUAUUUGGGCAACUUGCUGUCCACUGCAUGUUUUGACUUAUAUUGGGUUUGAACUAAAAUCUAAAGCUACAACCAUGAAACAUUUUUAAGCAUAAUCUGUCAUCUCAGAGAAGCGUUCCCUUAUCAGCCCUAUUAACAAAAGCUAAAUAUUUAAUUUUAAAAGGAACUGAAACUCUCAGCUUCCUUCUCAAAAUGCCUGGCUAUAAUAGCCUUUGUAGAAGGGACUGAUAUUUACCUCAGCAGAGUAUGUUGAAGUCAGAUAGUAUGUCUGUCUGUCAACAGCUAGAUUCAGUGACACACUAAUUACACAUUUAAUGUGUCCCUCCUUCCAUCUUACUCUUACUUCAAAUACUACAGGUUUAACUCAUUUUUCAUAUUUUUUCCAAAAAUACCCAAAUCUUGUUUGAUGGUACUUUUUUGGAAGUAGAGCCCGACAAGAACAUAACAGCAAUUUAGAAUUCUAUGCUUUUUUCCUCCCAUUGUGUUCACAUGCAAAUUCACGUUCUCCCCUUUAUUUCUCUAGCUGUGUUAACCUACUUCGUUAGCCUUUGGAGGGAAAACACCACAGACACGCUUUGAAACUCAGGAACCUCUCAACAUUUAGCUGUGGAUUCCUACCUGGAGGUUUUCAACCAAAAUCAAGAAUUGACAAGUAGGCAGUCUUAGGUUCUUAGCCAUCUUUUCAUAAACCACUUCCUUUUAUUUUCAGAAAUGGUCAGCUUCUCACGCUCCCACCUGUUUGCAUAGGUGGGUGAGUGAGAAUAGAUAUUUUUAUAGGUUCCUAGCUAGUGAGCAUUUGAAGCUGAGACUGCUCCUAGUUGAGAGAGAAGAGUUUUUCUCACUUUGUGCUACUGGAUUACUUUCCUAGUGAUGAGAGUGUAUAGCUUUUACAAUAAAUGCAGGCUUGUUGCAUACAGAUGAGAUUUUCAGUUCUGAGUAUUGGAAAUAAUGUUCUUGUGGAAGGAAUGAUUGAAUAUACAACAUUACAUCUGACUUUUUUAUUAUCUUGCAUAUUUAUGUUACUAGUUCGGUUAUGUGCCUCAAAGUCUUAGACUAUUAGAUUUCAAACGAUGUGUGUGUUUGUGAGUAGGUCUGACUUUUUAAUAUAGGUUUCUUUUUAAAAAAAAUGUAUUAACUUGUAAAAGUGGGGCCUUGCACUGUGUUGAAUGGAUAAUUCAUUAGUUUUGCUGAAACUUAUUUUUUCAUUUGUAUUGUAAACGAAACUGUGCCUUUUUAAAGUAAUUUGUAUACUGCACACUUGAACUUGAAGACUCAAAAAAGGGACAUUUCUGUAGGAUACUGUACAUCAGUCUAUGCAUUAACAAUGGCAGCUUCUUUGUGGAGCCAUUAUUCCUUUAUACGUGUAGCAGUACUUUAAAUAUUCAAGGUUUUUAGGUCCGUUGAAAUAAGCAGACAAACUGGAGUAAUGGAGUAGGAUAAUCUCUAUAGCUGUGAGGGCUCAGAGGGCUUGUUCUUUCAGGAGCUGCUUCCUGUGCGAGGAAAGAGAGGAAGACCUGUCCUAUUACAUUGCCUCUUCAAAGCCAUCCUCUUAUUGCAGAAAUAUUGUGUAUCUCCUAGCAUCAAUAUAGCUGCGUCAGUAGGUUAUUCACAUGUAGGAGACAACGCUGUGUACUUUAGACAGGCCACCUAAGUCACAUCAGAUUUUUCAGGCCUUUUCCUGCACCAACAGCAAACCACAUGGUAGCAACUGUUUUUAACCUUGCCACUUGAGACUGCAGCUGGGGGCUUGCAAAUCUGAAGGCUCCCCCCCCCCCACACACACCAAAUAGUUCUAGUUUUGGAAAGCUAACGAUGAAAUCCUAAGCAGAGUUACUCCAGUAUAAGCCCAUUGAAAUCAAUGUGCUUAGACUGAGCAUGCACCCUGGGAAAAUUGGUGGCAGAAUUGGGCUUUGUGUCCCAGUAUAUAUUGGCUAUCUUGGUAGCUGCAGUUCCUUUCAGAUUUGAAAGGAACUAUGAUUUCAGUUUGUAAAUCUUCAGUCUGAGCGUAGAUGGGUACCUGCUUUGAACUGUGCCCUACAUUUACAUAUAAAUAGUUCUCAGGCCUGCCUCUGCUUGGCCUGUUUUUUUGCCCAUGUUACAGUUGCUGCUGGCAACACCAAGCUGCCAGAUAGCCAUGGCUAUGAUUGCCUGGGGCUGUUCCAUCCACACAUGCUGCUGUGCUCUCGUAACUUCUGUGGGCCCCUGACACAAACAGCUUUCUUUUGUGCUACUUUGUAGCACUGGAGCUUCUGUGAUCAAUCUUGAAGGAUCUUAAUGGUUUCCCAAAGAAAAAGACAGGAAAUAAGUACAGCGCUUUGCUUCCCCACACAAGGAAUAAAAUUAGUUUUUAGACAACAUGCAAUUACUAACAGUCUCUGAUAUCUGUGUUUCAUGAUGCAGCUGGAACCUCUGGAGAAGCAGAAUCAAUAAACAGGUCUGUUGGUUUAAAAAA